AUGACAGAAUACGACUAUUCCCCAGAAGCCUGGGAGCGCUACUUGGCUACCCAGGACCGCAUUGCUCGCUGGGUCGAUGGUACGAGAAAGCAGCAGCCUUGCAACGCCUUCACACCAGCAACACCCCAUCUAAAGGCUCUCGCUUUGAAGGAAAAAGAACGGCAGCGGCAGAAAGCGUCGGGCAGGGCGUACAAUGGCAAAUUCACGGAUGAAUCUGAAGAUGAGUACUGUGAACCUAGACGCCGUUCUCAUCGCAAGCCAUCACGCCAGCACCGAACAUACUGGGACGAUGUUGGAAAGGAUUUUGUCUUUGUCGAUGCUCACGACGUUCCCCCACCAUCGCCUCCACCCAGUAGAUGCCGACGAUCAUCCUUCUCUAUCCCUGUGUCUCCCACAUCCCCGGCAAAGAGCAAUGGUAAGCCUCGCAAAGGCCCGCGCAAUCUUACGCUCGAUCUCGCACCGUUCCCGACAUGUGGAGUGCCUCCACAGGACCCCUACUCUUACCGCAACUCGGGCCAUUCAUCUCAUUCGUCUAACACGACAACUCCAACGACGACCACACCCACUAGCAGCAUGUUCCCCACACAUCAGCUACCCGUUCCACCAUAUUCUGCUCCUCCGGCCAUGGGGUAUGCACCAAUGCUGGGUGGCGGUGGAUUGCCCAUGAGACCGGAACGUGCGCCGAAGCCGACGAGGACGCAGACAAUGCCUGUUUCUCCACAUUACGCUAACCCUCAGGCCCAUUACGUCCACCAUGGCUUCAUGCCGAUCCCAGUGGGCCACAACACGCUCAUGGUACCUUUGAGCCCUGGUAUGAAAGGGUACCCAUCGUACGGUGCAGAUCCUUCGGCGAAAGUCUCAAAAAUCAUGGGCAGACUACAGGUCUCCCCCCGUCUCUCCUUCGUCUACGAAGCCGCCCUCUCUGCUGAGAAGAGUGUUCACCAGUCUUACCUCGCCGAAGACACCCUCCACACCACCACCUCCAUACUAUCAUCCACAGUACCCUCAAAUGACGCCGCAGCAUCAGUCCCAGAUGUUCCCUUCAAAACCUAA